UUGGGCGUUUCAGCAUAUUUCAUAUAUUACGGUUUCUUUUUAAGAAAAACAUGAAUAAUUUCACUUCAGUUUAUGAAAGUGGUCAACUUAACAACUGGGGCACAAGUUCUGUUCAUCAUAUUGAUAAUGUUUCUGAUAGUUUCAUGAGUAGUGAUAAAUAUGGAAAUUAUAUUAUCAUUCAUAAAAACGAAACAUCAAUUUUUCUUAGUAUAUUAGUAUUUUCUGUGUAUAUUAUCACUAUGUUAUCUUCUUUCAUUGGCAAUACAAUAGCAAUAUGUAUAUUUUUACGAAAACGUAAAAAAUUUGGCAUAAAAUAUCAUACUACAAUAAAACCAUUUGCCAGGACUGAAAAACUGGUAGAUUCAAAUUCAGAAAAUUAUCUACAGUCAUUAAAGAAUCGUCAAGUUGAUGGAAAUUAUGACACUUCAGCGAGUAAUUAUGAUCGCAAUAAUUUUUUGAAAAAGAACCUGGAUAAUUCAAUAGAAAAAGCACCGAAGCACUUACACCAUGUUAUGAGAAACACAUACCAAAAGCAAACAUUUUAUAUGAAUGGAGCAUUUAAUUAUUAUUUAGCCAGUUUAGGAAUAUCUGAUUUAUUCAUGGGCCUUUUUUGUAUUCCGUUUACAUUUACACAAAUUUAUUUACAUCACUGGCCAUUUCCUGAUUUAAUGUGUCCAAUUGUUGUUUAUGUACAAAUGGUUAUGGUUACAGCCUCGUCAUUAACAAAUACAGUUAUUAGUCUAAACCGAUUAUUUGGUAUAAUAAGUCCAUUUAGAUUUGAUCAUUGGCCUAGUAGACAUCAAAAAUCAUUGACUAUCUGCAUAAUAAUAAGUAUUUGGGCUAUUUCACUUAGCGGUAGUACAGUACAACUGUUUGCAACCAGAACACAAAUACAAGAACAAGAUAAAAAUUUAUUAGAGCAACAAGAAGGAUAUUUAGCUGAUCGUAAACUAUGUCAGGAAUCAUGGGAUGGAGAUGACUAUAAGCGAUCAAUUUACACAGUUGUACUUUUCUUAGUAAUCUACAUUAUCCCACUGGGAAUACAAACAUCAACCUAUGGAUAUAUUAGUUUUAGGUUAUGGAACCGCAAAACACCUGGGGAGUCAAUUAAGGGUGUAGAAGAUAUGCGGAUUAAAGAAAAGAAACGAAUCAUUAAAAUGUUGGCUUUCAUUGUCGCGAUGUUUGGUAUUUGUUGGCUUCCAUCACAUUUAUUCUUCCUUCUACAAGAUUUUAGUCCAUUAUUUCGCAAUAUGCCUGAAAAUACAACCAGACUUGUGUAUGGUAUGUGCCACUGGAUAGCAAUGUCGAACAGCUUUGUCAAUCCAAUUAUUUAUCUAAUCAUGAGUAAAUCGUUUCGGGUGCUACUUUCCUUGAUGACGUAUCUAAACGUCAUUUUUAUUCCAUUGUAACUGCUCUCUACAUGUCCACGCAGUUACGUUAUGUAUCACUGAAGAUCGAAUUUCAUAAGAAAAAUUGUUGCAGUUCCUCACUGAAAGGAUAAAGAUGAAACAUAUCGCUUCUAUUUAUACAGCGCAUAAGCAUUCAGAAUCGUUUGAUGAACUUCAUUGUUCGUUUGACAAUAAAUCAAUCAACCUAUGAAGUACUGGUGGAAACGGCUAUUAUUUAAUAAUACGAUGUUACAUACCUUCGCUCUAUUCGGUCAUCACUAUUUAUUUGAUUCAGAACUCAGAGAGCUCAUUAAUAUUUAAUGAUCAAUGAGAAAAACGAGCUUUUGUAAAAUAUACGCUUAAUUACAUUCGCAAGAAAUAAAAUAACUACUAUGGAUUUAUUUGAAUAUUCUUUUGCCUGACAAGUGGUCAACCAAAAGAAUUCGAGGUUUAAGAGAUUAUACGUCAAAAGGGAGUUAAAAAUGGUAUGUUGUUUCAUUAUUGUAGGUAUAUGGAAAGAAUAAAAUAGACUAAACGUAGUUUAAAUUUAGAUUUGUCAGUGUAAAAUACUUUUAUUUUCAAUUUAUUGACUUUCUUAGAACUUCUUUAUAGAACUAGAGAUUUGAAUCUAUAUAGCUCAUAAAUAAUAGUCUAAUUUGCAUUUUAUUAGCUGAUGUUUUGUUCUGCUUUUCUACUUUUCAUGAGCUGUAAUAUCCAAGAGUUAUUUAAUAGACUACUGAAAUAAUGGUAACUGUAAGUACAUGUAUGACACUUGAUUUCCUCCAGAAAACAUGACUUCAAAGAUCAAUGUGAACUCAUUUGGUUUGAAGAGUUUUGAAUACAAUCAAUGUUUUGUAUGGGUUACAGGAUUAUUCGUAUACCGUUUUUAAAAUCUAGACACAUAGUUUUUACUGGUAAUUCUAUUUUUUUAAAAAGACUUCUAGAGUUCUUUCAAACUAACGUAUUAAAGGGUAUUUACAUGUUUUAAAUGUAACCUUUUAAUUUCAGACUGAUUUCAAACAAAUACUGAAGUGCAUAUUCCCCUGUUGGAAAUCACAUAAUCUAAAUUCUUGAACAUAUUCUCAAUGAGCUCGUUAUUUGGGAAAAAUGUAUCAUUUGUUUCAGUGGAAUCGAAGGAAUUAAGCAUCACCUUAACUUUCUUGAUAUAUGCAAUUUAAUUUAAGACAGGUUGGUCCAAACAAUGAAUCCCAAUGCAUUUGCCAAAAUUUCAUUUCAAAUGAGGAUGAAAACAUGAUGUGUUUCUGUAAACCAUUUUACUGAUGAUAUUGCUGACUAUUAAGUAUGCUUAUUACCAUUUUUUCUAUUAAAACUUUCAAGUUAUUACCAUAUAAUUUACAUUAAUAUAAGGCGAUAAAUUGGUAUAUCUG